ACAACACUGCGCGCAGGCUCAGCGCGAGACGAAGAAGAAGAGGAUAGAACGUGGAGGAGGAGGAUAGAACGAUAGAACGUGGUGGAUAGAACGAUAGAACGUGGUGGAUAGAACGUUAGAACGUGGAGCAGGAUAGAACGAUAGAACGUGGAGGAUAGAACGAUAGAACGUGGAGGAUAGAACGAUAGAACGUGCGUGCGCUGGAGCUGGAGGCGACACCUGUCACCCUGGUUACUAAACACAGUCAGUCGGUUUGUUUCAGAGGCGUCCUGAAGACUUGCGGGAUAAAUAGUCGCACCUUUUUUGCGCUCAGGGAGAGACACGGAGACCGGGGAGCUAAAAGACGCUGGAGAGGAAAAACGGGACUUUAUCAGAGUAGAGUGAACCAACAGGACAGGGAGGGAGAUAAACUAGUGCACAUCGCGGAGCUCCGGUUGCGGGCAGACCGAGCAUCCUCUCCUCCUCCUCCCGGUCACUCCGUCACUCCGUCCGGAUAGAGAGAGAGAGAGAGAGAGAGAGAGAGAGAGAGAGAGGCUGCAGCUGCCUUAACGGGACUUAACGGACCUCGCGUUCAUAUCUAUCAAGUUGAGAGGAUGAUUUGACACCUUGCAGGAGAGAGAGAGGCUGGAAAAAUGGAUAACAGAGGUCGGUGCUCACCGACACUCAAACCAGCUGUUCCUGCUGAAGCAAACACCAGCGACGUCUACCUUGAGGAUACUAGACGGCGGUGCAUUUCUGCUAACCUGUGGGGGAACUUUUCACACCGAGCACGUGACCGGCCAUCACAGGGCCGCUCAGAGCGGGACUACAUACAGCACACACGCGGUUCACCGGGCUUCGCUGCCUCUGAAGAUCAUCUGUGUGAACUGAAAAGGAAGCGAUUAAACAUUUAACAGAGGAGAGAGUGAGGCGGAAACUGAGAGGGAAGGAGAAAGAACUCUUACAGCCUGCUGUACUCUGCACUGGGCCAAACUGUCCCUCACAGUCUCAAACAUACUCAUUACCAUCACUGAACUGUGAAAUUUCUGUUGUAAUAUAUGUUGUAAUACAACCUACUAACCAUAAGGGACUCUCUUUGCUGGAUUUUUCUGAGCUGUGGAAAAUCCCACUUAUUCUCUCGUCGCCGGCUCAUUAAUUAAAACCACUACCUCUUUGUUCAGAGCAAGUGUAACACGGCGCUGUACUAUUUUUGCAUGACCCACUGCUUGCAUGAGUAUCCAGGAUUGCUUUUGACUUCCAAGAAGGACCCUGAGCCCUCAACCAUCUUCUGACUGUCUGCCAACUGUAGCAUUUGGGUGUGGAGCGCGUGGUUUCAGAAUUAGGCCUCCUGGACGCUUGCUGCAAGAUGACUUGAGUUGGCAGGCCUAAAAGCCCCUUACCCCAUGAGAGAGAGAGAGCUUGGCAGUAGGACAACACACACACACAACACACAAAUGUGGGCGCCGACGGCGGAUUUGAGGCCAUGCUGGUGUUGCUACUUGCGCAGCACUGGAGUACAGGCCUAUCAACCAUCCCUAUCAUCAUUCACCCAAGCUGAGGAAGAUUCAACGGCCCCGAGGAGCGAGGCUACACUUGUGAACGACUCAAAGAAGACCCACGGAGACCCACAGCUACGUCCUCAAUCACACACACACACAGACACACUUUAAUACUCUCUCCACAAAUCCUUGAUACAGGAAAAACAAAGCUGCGGCGGACGUGAAAGGCACAGAGACCGAGCAGGAGCUGUGCACCAACAUGGCAGCUGAGAGUCUUGCUGAGCUCCGCGACUGGCUCUUUCUGCUCCUCCUGUGCCUCACCUUAUUGGCUGAGGUGCUGGAACUGGCGGCAGCGGCAAUUGCCAUGGAGACGGGCGAGGGAGAUGAGGGCAUUGUUUGUCCCUCAGUGUGCCGCUGUGACGAGGGUUUUGUCUACUGCAACGACCGUGGUCUCAGUAUAAUUCCUCCCCUACCGUUAAUGGCUGCCAUCCUCUACUUGCAGAGCAACCGGCUGAGUAACGCUGGCCUGCCUCCCUCGCUGGAACGCAGCACGUCCAUACGAGUGAUUUACCUGUAUGCCAACCAGUUGGAUGAAUUCCCUAUACACCUGCCGCCUUCGUUACGGGAGCUCCAUUUGCAGGAUAAUAAUAUACGAACGUUACCGAGAUCAGCUCUGGCCAAGUUACCGUUACUAGAACGUUUGCACCUGGAUGAUAACUCUAUAUCCACAGUUAGCAUCCAGGAGCGAGCUUUUUCUGGGACUCCACGGCUUCGACUGCUGUUUCUGUCUCGGAACCACCUGUCAAGCAUCCCUGCGGGCUUGCCAGCAUCCUUGGAAGAGUUGCGACUGGACGACAAUAGAAUCAGCACCAUCCCCACACAUGCCUUCCGCGGGCUCUCCUCCCUGCGCCGCUUGGUCCUGGAUGGGAACCUGUUGGCCAACACGCGCAUUGCAGAUGACACCUUUACCCGUCUCUCCAACCUGACUGAGCUGUCACUUGUCAGGAACGCCCUGCAGUCUCCGCCAGUCUACCUGCCUUCUGCUCACCUCGUGCGACUCCAUUUGCAAGACAACGGGAUGACUCACAUACCACGGGGGGCGCUGGACGGGAUGCGGCGACUACAGAGGCUGGACCUGUCAGGAAACAAUCUGACCACUCUCCCACGAGGACUUCUGAAGGACACAGAAAGCCUGGAGCUGCUACUGCUGCGAGGAAACCCCUGGUACUGCGGCUGCAACCUUCGCUGGCUCCACGCAUGGCUGCACAGCCGGGGGGCGGCGGUGACAGUCAGAGGUCUGACCUGUCAGGGGCCCGAGCCUGUAAGGGGCCAAGCCCUCAGAGAACUAUCCUCCCUGAUGGAGCAGUGUGAAGGUCCCCCUCCUGGUCCCAGUACAGGAAUGGGGGUGAACCCGGCAGAAAGAGAUGGAGGAGGUGAAGAUGGUAUUGGAGGGGGCCAAGCAGUGGCUUGUCCCCAUGGCAGCACCACCACUGCCUCUCUGCUGGUCCCAACACAAGGCUCCCUCUUCACCCUGCGAGCCAAGCCAAGGCCGGGCCUUGUUAUGCCUCUACCUCCCGGUGAAGGGGGGCAGGUAUCUGGAGAGGCCCUGGAGCUGACUGUAAAACCUCUCUCUUCGGACAGUGUACUGGUGAGCUGGCUGUGCCCUGAGCCGGCACCCUCUUUCCGCCUGUCGUGGCUGAGGUUGGGUAGCAGCGCAGCUCUUGGUUCGAUAACAGAGACUCUGGUACCUGGAGAGAGGAGGCAGUACCUCCUCACCCAGCUCACCCCUCGCUCCCAUUACCUCAUCUGUCUACUGCCACUACGACAGGAAUCCCCUUUUGGGGGUUCCAGCAUGGGUUCAUCUCGAGUCGGCAGCAUGGACACGGACAGUAAAGACUCGGCCCCGUCCUGCGCUCAGAUAGAGACUGGAGAGGCUCUGGUCAGCGGGGGGGGGUCGGAUAAAGAGGGACAGGACUCAGAACUAACAGUCCUGCCAUUGGCUGGGAUCAGGGGUGCCACAGCGUUAGUAAGCCUGCUGUUAAUCUUUGGCAUCUUCUGCUGGUAUGGACAGAGAACAAGUUACGUGUCUGGGGACACAGGCACGUACAGCAGGGGCCGGGGGGGAAAAACUUACGAUGACUAUGUAGAGUCCGGCACCAAGAAAGACACUUCCAUCUUAGAGAUCAGGGCCCCUCCGGCAGGGUUUCAGAUGACAGCUAUGGCCCACCAGCCCCUGCAGCCUAAGCUGGAGGAUGUCACCUACAUCCACAAUUUUCCCUCUUCUUCCUCUUCCUCCCAACCUAACGGGACCUACCGGAGCACCCACGGAGCCGGCAGCCUCAACGGCACCAUCCUCAGCCAAACCAGCCACCAUCACGUCACUUACGGUACCAACCGUGGCUACAGAGAGGGUGGCAUCCCCGACAUAGAUUAUGCCUACACGUGAUGAUACAGGGACACGCUCCCUGAGCCACGAACGCCAAGCGCCAUUUCUGUGAUGACGACCCCUUGGCUUGUGGCCAUUUUGUCCUUGGUUUUCCAAAGUACCCUCUGUGCCUCUGCUGGUUCAAUUCUUGAUUGGUUUGCUAAGUAGAAAAGACUGCUACUGUUGAUUGGACAUUGCUAAUUGAGUGACAGAAGUCCUACUAUACUCUACUACUGUAUACUACAUUAUACAGCAGGUCCUUCUUCAGCGCUAGCUUAUAGUUUAUAAUGGUUUUCUCUUUUGGAUAUCUCAGUGUCUUUCAAACCUACUGUUCUCUUCAGCUUCAUAAUAAUACACAGUAACUUAUUUGAGGUGAUAUACUAGGCUUAGCUGAUUUAGCAGGAGAUAUAUUUAUAAUAUGAGGAAAAGGCACUUGAUGUGUAUAGAGAUAGUCUCUCGUAUCUCCUACCAACUGUAAGCUCUGUGCUGUAUAGAUAAAAGGGAUGACAGAGGAGAAAUCAAUGGUUGUUAUAACCCACAGAUGACAAUGCAUCAUGGUUGACAUGAAAAGAUGUGUUCCUAGCCCCUCCUUUUCCUCUAGUUUACUCCCUCCUUUUUAAUUUUUCCUCCUUUCAGCCUCUUUUCUUUUUUUUUGGCUGAGGGCUCUCUUUCCUUUUAUUCUCGGCUCUUGUCUUUUGUGGUGCCGUGAGCAGAGGACGACUUUGUUCUCGCCAAGGGAGCUGACAGCAGUGAUAACAGUUCUGACAGAGACGGGAGACACAAACCACAGCAUGGGGGAGACUAAUGAGAGGGAGAGAGAGAGCGAGAGUGUGUUGUGCGGGGUGAUGGAUAUAAUGGAAUGGUUAGAACAGAAAAUAAGACAGGAGAGAGAGGGAGAGUGGGGUGCUGUUUUUGGGGAUGGAAGGCCACAGAGGAGGUGUGUUGGCUUAAGGCAGAGAGCGAGGACAGAAAAA